AUGGCGGGCCGCGACAACUUCCAGCUGCGUUUCGCGGCUGUCGCGGCUUCCGCCGCCGUAUUAAUCCUUCUCGUCUCCGGUCAAGUCGCCGAAGCGUCACGUAUGAUGAAUCUCUGUUCUCACACCGCGUAUCCAUCAUUGUGUCGACCAUUUGUGAAACGUAUCACGAAUCCUAGACGAGCCACGCACCGAACCAUCCAGGCAUUGGAGGCAAAGACGAAACUGGCUCUAGUCGAAGCCGCUAAGUACAAAAACGGUAACCAAGCGAUUACCACGUGCUACGAGACGUUGAGCGACGCGGUUUAUAAUUUGGCUAGUGCGAGGAAGAGCAUAAGGAAACGCGACGUGAUGGCUAUGAACACGUAUCUAACCGCGGUUGUGUCUGAUUAUGGAGCUUGUGUUGAUGGGUUUAUUGAGACGCGUCAAGUUAAUACGGUCCAAAAUGUAGCGGUUGAUCUGAGGAAAAUUAGCAGCAAUUGCUUGACGUUGUCUACUUUGAUUAGAUGA